UUUGUUUAAUCAUAGGUGUUACAACCAUGGCUAGGAGGAAGGCAGCGCGGAACAAUGCUGGUCAUAAAGGGAAAGCAGUUCGUAAGCGUCACCAUGGUUUUAGUGGAGACCGAAAUAGGGCUUCUCCAGCUCCUAUAAUUAAGCUAUAUAGCAGUUUGACUCAAGAUAAGCGUGAUGCGAUAGUAUCAAUGGGACUGGGAAGCUUUCUGGAUAUCAAGUGUGAACAUCUGCACAAUCCACUUAUUAGUUGGUUUGUGCAAUGUUACGAACCAGCUAGGAGAGCGUUUGUAGUCCCUUGUCGUGGCGUAAUACCUUUGACAGAAGAGUCAGUUUAUAUCAUGACUGGUCUUCCACGGGGGCAGUUAGAGGUUAAGUAUUACGCUGAUUAUGAGUUGGAAGCUGUCAUUGCUACAAGGCUUUUUCCUGGUGGAACUAUUAGACCUAAGGUUUCCGAUCUCGCAAAGAUGGUUGAGCAGUAUGUGGGGGCUGAUGACUCUUUCAAGGAGUCUGUGGAUGUCGACAUUGCUCGAGCAAAUGAAUUUAACCUCUGCAAAUUUGUUGCCAAUCAACUUCAUGAUCACCUAUCAAAUCAGAAAUACACAAAGGGUUGCUUAUUGUACUGUAUGUUGAGAUAUUUCGAUGCUCUUAAAACUGAUCACUUUGAGCUAGAGCUUGGCAAUGCUAAUUUUGCUAUAAAUGCUUGGUCAAAGUUAGCUAUUGAUGUAGUGGGAGCAUUGGAUGUUCAGGAGUAUGAUACAACCACUUUUGGUGUAUUGGAGUUGAAGGAUGAGUAUAAAGAUGUUGGCGCCCUUGAAAUGGGUCUUUUUGGUGGUCCAGAUGGAUUUGAUUCCUGGAUGAAGCUUAAUACACAUCCCAGUUGUACACAAAAGCAACGGGUGAAAGCAUUCAGUUUAAUGCAGAACUUUGCAUCAAGUCUAAAUGGUCUGUUGAGCAGCCUUGUUCAAGGAUUGACACAAUGUAGCGACGGAGAAUCAAGCGAUGAUGAUGCUGAUUCGUAUCAUGAAGAUGUUGACACAGAGGUAUGUGAACAUGAUGCACACGAGAAUCAUACAUAUAGAAAUGUACCUGCCACUAGGAAAGUUGGAUGUGCAACUGGUCAUGCAAAGAAGAAGAUGCUUGCGCCCCUUCCAGAACUGGCCACAAGGAAUGGAGGUCAGCAAGAUGGAACUACAAGCCAAGCUAAUCUAUCUCCUGCUGUUGGAAUAGAGAAGAAACUUCAGGAAGAUAAUUUUAGUAGAGAAUCUCCUCCUGCUAUGCACUCACAAAUAAAUGUACCGUCCUUCAGUGACUUGGAUGUAUCUGAUGAAGUGAAUGGCGGCGGGAAUGAAAGUGAAUCACCUUUUGAGUCAACUCCGCAAUAUGAUGACAGAAUCAGGGGUAGUGCAGCACAUCUUGCAGAAAGUCUUAGCAAUUGUAAAAUGAUGAAAGAGUCAGGGGAUAUUGUUGAUGAUCAUUUAAUUCCAACAAGUGGUUUUUGGGAGGUGCCCGGUGGCUCCAGUGAGGAUAUUAUUGAUCAUAAUUUAAAUACAAUCAGUGGUAAUGUUGAAUUGAAAGGCAAGGAUGUCAUUAUUCAAGAGUCAACAAACAGUGGGUUUUUGGAGGAUGACCAUGUGCCUCAAGUAGUAUCAAAUCAAACUCCAAAGAAAAGGAAACGCCAAUGUAAAGCAGCAACUACACCAUCAAGGAAGUCUCCAAGGCUUGCUUCUAUGAAUAAUGACAAAUCUGGUGAGGUUGUUGGCAAUGAUGUGAGUACUGAAUCAGGAUUACCAAAAGAUGGGAAGACCUCAAGCACAGCAAUCCUUGUAUCACCAACUGUUACUACCAAACAAGAUCAAAAGGAUGGUAGCCAUACUGUUGGUGAUGGCAACUCUGUGAUAACUGCCAUUGCAAUUUCUCCUAAUGUCACAAUGCAGCAAGGCACAAGUUAUGUUCCGAGUAGUUCUGGCGAUAAGAAGUGCUCGUCAGUAGAAGAAGGCGCAACAAAAGAGAAUGCUAUCCCAAUUUCUCCGAAUGUUCUUGAAGCUCAGGCAUCACACAUUGAUGCAAACUCAUGCAAAUCAUUAGUGUCCUCUCCAGUUGCACAGAGGCAGUUCACUGCAGGCAAUUCUCAAUAUGGAACGCAAUGGAGAGUGUCUCCUUUUGUUGGUGCUAACUUAGGGAUUCCUGUGUUAAUGAACCAUGGACCUGUUGUCGUGCCACGUGAAGUUGAAGAUGCAGUUAGGAAAUUUUCUGAAUCUGUGAAGAAAAUGGGAGGACUAUCAAGGUUUGCUGCACAAAAGUCAAGCUCAAUAGAAGAGAUGCCUCUGAAAAGGAAGAUGGUGGAAAUUGGAAAGGGUGGAUCAAGUGGAGCUGUUAGGGACAACCGUAUUGGUAUGUUCACACCACCAGGUUUUCAUCUUGGCUUUAGCUCCCAAGAAUCUGCAGACAGUGAUAUCCAAGUGGAUGAGUUUGACAAAUAUGAGGAUGCAGCACCCAAUAUUGCAGCACCUAAUCUUGCAGUACCACUGGCUUGGGCUGAACCAGAACCAGAAGGUCAAAUAACUGGAACUCAAGAUGAAGCAUCAAGUGGUGAUGAUUUUGAACAAAUCCAACUAUCUGAGGAGGUACAAGAUGUCAUGGCAGGGAAAACUGUUCAUCUAAGUGAAAAUGGUAUGGCAGAGCUUGCAAGGUAUGAGGAGUUGUCAAAGGCAUUUAUAGCAAGGAAGCGAAAACUUCAAAUUGAUGCAGCUCCCCUAGCAUCAAAAGAGGAAACCAAUGUUCACAGUGCAACUCCGAAGGUAUACCCGCAUAAAGCUAGAGUGAAGAAGUCAUCACAUUAUAUGCAAUCACCUUUUGACAGCUCAAUCAAAGUUACUGCUGAACAAGAAGAAAUCUAUCAGAAGAUCAUGCUUAGCAACAAGCAUCAGAGGCCAGUCAAAUCGAACAUAAGGAUGUACCAGAUAAUAAAAUACAAUGACAGUUUUGCGUACACGAGUGAUUUAGCAAAUUCAAUUCAUGGCAGAGGUGAACUGUCUAAUCAUUGCAUGGAAGUUGCAAUAGAGUACCUGCGGCGUACUAACACUGUCGAGGGGAAAUUGAUAGUGCCUUACCAAAUUUCUGUCUACCUUAUGAAUGGGGAAUUCGAGAAGAAAGCGGUGGUUUCUCUAUUCAAGAGGACCAAGGAUUAUUCAUUAAGUGUGAUGAAAUUGAUUUCAUUCCCAGUUUUGCAAGAGAUGACAAGGCAGCAAAGGGAAGGAAAUCAUUGGUACUCCUUGCAUAUGAACUUUCAAGCUGAAAGGUUCGAAGCACUUGAUUCAAUGCGGGGCGAAGGUGAUGAAGCUCUAAUAAGCCACGCAAUUGCUCUAAUCAGUAGGAUUAAGGCACUCUGGAAUAUACACUACAUCACAUCUAAGGUUCAAAUCCAGAAUUGGGAUUUGAAAAUUAUAAAUGUUCCAAUUCAGGCAACCAUUUUUGAUUGUGGGUAUCAUGCCAUAUACAAUGUUGAGAAAUGGGAUGGACAGAACGUUCCUCCACUUGCGAAAGACGAUGUGCCUAAGCUACGGAGGGUGUUACCUCACAGGUGGUUGACAGCCGAUUUUAACAAAGAGAAAGAUAAUUGGAAGUGGAUUUUGUUCAACAAUGUUGUCCGGUAA